AUGGCUAAUCCUGAAGUUAUCGUCAUCGGGGCCGGACCUUCGGGCAUUGCCCUGGCGCAUACCUUGAAGCACAAACUAGGGUUCACCGACUUCACAUUUUAUGACAAGCUUGAUGGACCCGGCGGCACGUGGCGAUUAAAGCCAUACCCAGGAGUUUACGUUGAACAACACGGUCAGAGCUGCGUGCUUGAGCUGAUGAUAUAUGUGUAA